ACGUAAACUCAUCCCCAUAGAAGCGCACCGGAAGUGUGGCAGUAAAUACAACAAAUGCCCGAAGAGCCGCGGUAAAGAAGACCUGGAGUGGGAAGACAGGGUCUAAAAUAGCUUUUCCGGGUUCUCCACCCAGAUCUUACAAGGGAGAAAAAGAGAUUAAGGGCGAAUGCCUACCCGGCAGUGAGGUCGCAGGAAAAGGGCAAUGGCAGCCAUGGUGGAAGAGGAAGAGGAGGAAGCCAUUGUCACAAGGGCAGCCUCUGAGCCCUGCAUCGCUUUGCGGCUGGUGGCUGCUGCAGCCUGGCAUGUGGUCCGGGAGCGCCAGGUCCACGACUUCCCCCAGGUCCUGGCACUGCUGGCAGCAGUGGGGGAAGCGGCACCUGACUUGGUACACUUCCGGCAUCUCGCAAAGCUGCGUUUGGGCCUCCAGGCCAAGGUGAUCAUGAACAUGCUUCAGGAGGAGCAGCCAAGUGGGGAAAUCUACAAUGCCAUAGAUACGUACUUUCCAGAAACGGAGACUCCUCCCCACCCCAAAGCCACCGAUCAGGACUUGAAACUGGUGCAGACGGCCCAGGGGAACUUUCGGGAUCUGGUGUUGGGCUUGUUGAGGGACCGUGGGCAAAGGGAGAAGUAUGUGCAGGAGCAUCUGGAAAAUGAUUACGGGGAAUCCUUCCUGCAUGUGGUGGAGGAGCUCUUUCAUGAUUACUUGUGGCAACUAGAGAACACCCUUCCUGAGCCCCACUUCCAGCAGUUACUGGACGCCGCCUGCACCCAAGGGCCUGACCACGCUCCCCAGCCAGAUGCCACCAUCCUCUCACGGUAUCUCUCAGUCAUGGGGUACCAGACCGUAGGAUUUCCAUGGCCUGCACCCUCUCCUAGCCCUUCAAGCAAUCUAGUCCACAGUGAGGAGGCAGGGCAUAGCACACCUGAGCCCGCCCAGUCAAACCCAGGCAGGAAUCGCUCAGCCUGCAUCCAGGAAGAGGAUUCUCACCGACAUCACUUGGGCAACCAGGAAAUGGAAGAAGCUGAGGACGUUGUGCUGAAUUCGAGCAGCGAGGGGGGCAGUUCCCCUUUCAAGCAGGGCGAGUACCAGAACACUCAGCACAACACCCUCAUCCCCACCUUCCAGUGGCACCUCAGGGACAUCCGGAGUCAGUGUGCUGACGCUUCAGGCCGCAGAACAUCCACGCCAAUGUGAGGGACGGCUCUGCCACCAAACACGCCCCACAGAGUCACUUUGAGAGUUUUAUUCCGGUUUCAGUAAAAACUGCAAAAGCCGCCACUUUGCUUCUCUUUGUCUCCAAUUUGUCUGGGAGGGGAGGGCUACAGAACACUCCUUCCCUGUCUCACAGGGCCAUGGUUCCCUUUCGAGUUUGGUCUCGGGAAAGAAAGAUGGAGUUUCUGCAGCACAAAAGCCACUUUGAGAAGCAUGACUUUGGAAUACUGGCAUACCAAUAUAAUAAAAUUACUGCACACGCA